GACUGAUCAUAGUCCAGCGAACAGCAAAAAGCUCCAAGUAUCAAAAAGAUUGGAAUAGUACAUGGACAAUUUAAGUCUUGCUAUCAUGAAAAAAUGGAAGAUAUCCUUCUGUAUGGUGAUAUCAUAUCUUGUGCUGGAAUUGUCAUACCAAGGACAUGCUGUACAAGGAACAUGUAUGAAGAAGGAAACUCGUAUAAUUUUAAUUGGGAAAACAGGAGCUGGUAAAAGUGCAACAGGAAAUUCUAUAUUGGGAAAAGAGGCUUUCAAAACAGAUAUCGGUAUGUUGUCUGAGACACGUACAACAUCAUAUCAUACAACUUGUCGAUUUGGCCGUAAGCUUGUUGUGGUAGAUACCCCAGGGCUAGAGGAUACCAGCUUAAGUACGUCAGAGGUGCUAACAGAAAUAACUAAGUCAUACACAAUGGUGUCUCCAGGACCACAUGCUUUUGUGAUGAUCAUUGAACCUGGCAGGUUUACAAAAGAAGAUAAAAGAGUGUUAGAUGAAUACGAGAAAUAUUUUGGACAGACAUUUCAUGAUUAUUUGGUAUUAGUUUUUACAAAAAAGAAGAGAAUAGAGAAGGAAAGUAGCUUAGAAAAAAUUGUAGAAAAAGUUCCAGAGAACCACUCUAUGAAAAAACUUUUAAAAGCAAUUAAGAAGCGAUACAUGGCAAUUGAUUACUCUUAUAACCUUGAAGAUCAAAAAGAGGAUGUUCUCAAACUUUUAGAUAUUGUCGAAAAAAUUAAAGAGGAAAACAACCCUGAAUUCUUUGAAUCUAAACUCAGUUCAAACACAGAAAAGUUAUUUAGUUAUCUUAGUAAAAUCCUCGACUUUAUUGGUGACACUUCCAAUGAGGAAGAUAGGAGAGAAAAAAUAAGGGCAUACAUUUUCAAUAUGUAUACAAUGUACGCCAUUCAAAUUGCAGCUAUGGUUGCUUAUUCUUAUUUUGGUGGGGAUGGCAUAACAGUGGGCAAUGCGAUCAUAGAAAAAUUAAUUGAAUAUGGUAGCUUUUAUUUAAAACGUCACCCUGUCUAA